AUGGAGAUCCUCCAUGUCAGUGAAGAUAUGAGCACCAUUUUCGUUUGGGAUGGUACUGAUGCACCCCCAGCAUCUUUUUCAUCAAAUGCGAUUAAAGACAAGGAAUUUAGCAGUCUCUCAGUUAAUACUCUUCUCUCAAGAGAGACAUUGCUCGGCUUACCUACUGUUGGAACCAUCUUGAGAGUCUCUUUAAGCAGUCAUCUGUUUCAUUUGGUGAAACCUGGUGAAUGGAUGAAACUAUACCAGUUACUCUGUGAAGUUCAUUGUGGUUCUUGGAUAGGUAAAGCAACGAACUCUACAACGGUUAGUCUCGCACAAGAUGAUCCUUUAGUACAAAAGAUUACAAGGAUUUAUGAUAAGAGAGUAUCAUCAAAGCUUGGACACAUUCCGUUUUGGAGUUUUCCUUCUCCUCCUGGAUUAACAGAGACAGAUGAAGAUCAAGCUCCAUUUGUUACACUCAUGGACAUUAUAACAUUCCCUAAGGUUACAUACAAAUACAGAUGCAUUGUUAGAGUUGUAGCUUCAUAUCCUUGGCAAGUAGAGGAACUUUCUUCAGAUGGCCACAGAGUUUUGUUGACCUUAGAGGAUCCAACAGCGACUUUAGACGCUUUCUUAUGCGAUCAAGAUGCAGAGUACUUUUGGGGCUUAGGGUUGCAGAACAGAGAGAUAUUGAGGACGAAGUGGAAUCGGUUGGUGGGAAUAAAGGAGAGCUCUCCAAGAAAACCACCGUGGAUAGAGUGUUGUCUCUUCUCUUACUAUGCUGAUAAAGCUGAUCCUUGGAACACAAGAUUGUACAGAAUCUUUGCUUCUCCGAUUACGCAGAUUCCGCUUCCAAUGGCCACCGUGAAGAAGACUGUUCGCGUCGCAGCUGCUCAGAUGACAUCUAUCAAUGAUCUGAUUGCCAAUUUCAACACUUGCUCUCGUCUCGUUCAAGAAGCAGCAUCGGCUGGUGCGAAGCUGAUUUGUUUCCCUGAGAACUUCUCCUACAUGGGUGAGAAAUCAGGGGACAGUGUGAAGAUCGCCGAACCAUUAGACGGACCGGUGAUGCAACGGUAUUGCUCUCUAGCCAGGGAUUCGAAUAUUUGGUUGUCUCUUGGUGGCUUCCAAGAGAGAUUUGAUGAUACACAUUUGUGUAAUACUCAUGUUGUGAUUGAUGAUGCUGGGAUCAUCCAAAGCAGUUAUCAGAAAAUGCAUUUGUUUGAUGUUGAUGUUCCUGGUGGAAGCUCGUACAAAGAAAGUAGCUUUACGGUUCCAGGAACAAAGGUUGUUUCUUUAGACAGCCCUAUUGGGCGCUUAGGCCUUACUGUUUGCUACGAUUUGAGAUUCCCUAAGAUUUAUCAGCAACUGAGAUUCGAGCAGAAAGCUCAGGUUUUACUUGUACCAUCAGCUUUCACUAUGGUCACUGGGGAGGCACACUGGGAGAUUCUUCUUCGAGCCCGAGCAAUUGAAACACAAUGUUAUGUCAUAGCUGCUGCUCAAGCUGGAAAGCAUAGCGAGAAAAGAGAAAGUUACGGCGACACACUGAUCAUUGAUCCAUGGGGAUCUGUGAUUGGAAGAUUGCCUGAUCGUGUUUCGACUGGAAUUGUCGUGGCAGAUAUUGAUUUUUCACUUCUUGAUUCGGUGAGAACAAAAAUGCCAAUUGAUAAGCAACGGAUGUCAAUAGAGCUUUGA